AGGGGGAAAUGCCUAUGGAAUAAAUUCCAGGCUAUGUUCACGUCCAGGCUGCAUGGCACGUGUGAGCUUUAUCUGCUAGAGUUUCCUGUUGUCAGAGUAUUUCUGAUGAUGACCGUGCUCAGCAGUCUGAGCUUGGGGAUAGGUUGUUAACGCUCUAGUUUUGAGCAGCUGAUGCUGUUCUUGCUGGUUGAGGUUAAUACUGGAGUAUUGUGGGGCUCAGAGUCAUACUUUACUGCCAGAAUCUUUCCCCCAGUUCUGUUUCACUUUCGUUUUAAAUCCAUGUGCUUUGCAGGAGUGUUGACCCAAGAGCAGAGAAUUAGAGCAGAUGCUGAAAUGCCAAAGUUCUCGCAGGAUCUUAAACCUUGGCACAGAUGAUGUAUCUGCUGACUCAGAGAAAGCCUCUUGGUUUCAAAUCCUUACAUGUUCAGCCCAGCCCCUUCCUGUGUAGCUAUUUCAGUGGGGACCCCAUGUCAAGGUCUGCAGCACCUCCCUUCUGGGGUGCAGGGACAUUUGCACCCACCCUGUGCACUGCUGGCUUGGGUCUGACACUGGUGGCAGCCACAAAGCUGGGCUGUCUGGAGCUGCGCUUCUGUGCCUGUACUGGGGAGCACUGGAAUGAAGAUGCUCCUCAGAGCACCUAUGUCAGCCUCCUCAGGAAGUGUGUGUUUGUUUCAAAGAUGCCUUUUGCUAGAACACCUCAUGCCUUGGUGCAGGUUGUAGCAGUGUAGAAACGGGCUUGCAGUUCCCCCUCUAACAAGUGCCUUGGGACACUGCUGUUUGUCCUCAUGCAGUAUCCCUGGGUACCCACAACAGGUUUUCACAGUAGUCCCUGCUGUGUUAUCAGCUGCUGCUGAACUGGGAAGGGUUUGUAGGGUCAGAGCUGCCUGCGUGGCCUGCCCUGUUCUUUUAAAUUGUUAAGAGUAGUGAAGAGGACUUGGUAACAGCAAAUGUGCCUUGGCUUUGCCUGCUUGCAAAAACCUUGCUGCUACAGCUCUGCUACUAAAACACUCUCAUAAGCACAGUCUUUACUAGCCAAAUUGUUAAACUAAUCUUGCUUCUAAAUCAGAUAACAAACAGAAUAAGGCUUUUACAGCCUUCAGACUCACUUCUGGCCUUGUGGCAUACCAAGACCUGUUUGGCGCUCAUUGUCCUAACCCUGGGGUUGCACUUACUGUCUGGCUGUAGCUGCCUCCUGGAGAAGGAAUUUGUCCUGUGGGAUGCUUCUGCUCUGUUGUGAGAACCAGCCUGACCAUGCACAUUUUUACUUCUCUGAUGAAGUGUGAAAGAGUCUGCUUAGGACACAGGAGAAAAUAUGUACAGUAUCUCCUCUGAGUAUUGCAGGGAAUAUGUUGCUCUCAGGAGUUGCCUGAGGAAGACUGGAGUUGUUCCUUGCAGACUAGAGAAGUAUUUCUCCCACCCCUUUAAGGAGCUGUAGAGGAAUGACACUGAUUGUCCUUAGGCUGGAGCCUGACCCAAGAAACUCCCUCAAAUUCCAGGAGAAGAAAGGUGAGUGAUGAUGAAGAAGCCAUCCCAGAAAAGAUCAGAGUUCCUGAUCCCAUGAGCAGCUCUGAGAGCUCAGACAAAGAAGAGGAUGAGAAAGAGAAAGCAAAAGCUGCAAAUGCAGUUGGCCUUCCCCUGGCCACCAACUUGGGAGUGAAUGUAGAAAGCAGUGAAGAGGAUGACUCCUCAUCAGAAGAGAAGACACCAGCUGGAAAAGGUGCAGUUGUGGUGCCACCAGCUGUGGUGAGUGGCAGAGCUGCCACCAACUCCUUGCACUCUCCGAACACACCCACUGCCCCUGCAGGCAAAGCAGCCCUGCCCUCUGCUGCAAACAGAACUGUGGUCUCAAACAAGCAGCAGCAGCGCAAUGCACCAGCUGCAUCUCCAGCCAAAGCUGGGCAGAAACUGCCCGGUCCUGGGAAGCCUGGACAUGCCACAAGAGCCACAACCACAGUAGGUCAAAGCAAAACACUGGUAUCGACCAAAGCACCAGAAAGCUCCAGCAGCAGCUCCUCAUCAGAGAGUGAUGAGGAAGAAGAGACACCAGCUGCAAAGGGCCCAGCUCCCAGAGUGGAGGCAAAGCAGGCAGCUGGGGCUGUUGAGAGCAGCAGUGAGGAAUCAAGUGAGGAGACAUCCUCCGAGGAGGAGCCUGCAACUCCAGUGGUCCAGGCAAAAACAGCUGUGAAAACAGUACCGGUUAAUGCAGGGCCUGUGAAAAGUGUCCCAGCUACUCCAGCACCCCUCAAGAGAAAUGCAGUGAGGCAGACAGCAGUGGCACCAACCCAAGCCAAACCUGCACCCACAACGGUUCCUACAACGGUUUAUGGGGCUGCAAAGCCCGAUGACACAUCAGAGAGCAGCGACUCAUCAGACAGUGAAGAUGAGGAACUUCCACCAGUAACCCAGACAAGGACACCUCCAAAAUCCUCCCAGGCCAUCCCGUCUCCAGUGAAACCUGCACAAGCAGCAUCGGUCUCUGGCAAAGCAGCUCCAGUGAAAACACUUCCCCUCUCCCAAGGGAAGCCAACACCAAAGCCAGCAGUGCCAAAGCAGGCCAAAGCUACACCGGGAAAAACUGCUGCUCCCACAAAGCCUGUUGAAAAUGCAAAGCCAGUGGAGAGCUCUGACUCCUCAGGCAGCGAAGAGGAGGAUCAUCCUGUGCCUAUCAGCCAGAAGAGGUUAAGAGAGCAGCCUGGGCCUGUUCCCAACCUGAGCCAGGCUCCUAGAGCAGUGGGAAGCACCUUGAAAAGCCAGACCUCGGAAAGUGGGAGCAGUGACACUUCUGACAGUGAAGAGGAGUCCCCUGCAGCACAGACACAGCCUCUGCAAGCUGUGAAAACCAAUGCUGUGUCCCAGCCAACAAGUAUAAAGAAGGCACCAUCUCCAGCAGCAGCCCCAGCCCCUCCACCUGUGGAGAGCAGCGAUGAUUCCAGCGAGGAGUUAGAUUCAGAGGAGGAAAUAGUGCCCCCUUCUCAGAUUCUGCCCCAGCAGAACAUGAAAGCAGCCAAGCUUUCGAGCACAGUGGCUGCUAAGGCUAAUGCCACGCUGCCGCCAGAGAAGGGGACACAAACACCUCCUGCCCCUCCAGUUACCAGAGGGUCCAAGAGCUCAUGUGGUGAUUCCUCAGAUGAAGAGGUGGUGGCAGAAAAGGUCCCCACAGCCUCUAGCCUAAAGCAAAUGGUUCCUGUGGGAAAAGCUCCCACAGCCAGUGCUGCCACACCACAGGCUGCUCCGCUCCUGGGAAGCCCCAUGGCCAGGUCAAGGAAGCCAGGCCUGAAGCCAGCACAGCACACCCACCCGAACCAGGCUGUGCCACCCAGCCAGGCAGAGGAGCCCACGGACAGCAGUUCCUCAGGCAGCAGCGAUGAGGAGGCACCCAAGCAACCCCCCAAGCCUGCAGGCUCACUGCAGAAACCAGGAGGGACCCAGAGAGCCCACAGCUCCUCCUCGGAGUCCAGUGAGGAGGAGGAGGAGGAGGAGGCAGCAGCAGCAUCACAGUCCCUCCUCACAGGCUAUUUGGGCCCCUCCAGGACCCCAGCAACACCCCAGACACCAAAGACCGUUCCCCUCCAGCCUAUGGGCAAAGCAGGGCAAGGGAAAGCAGCCGUGACUGCUGCCAACUCCCACGCCAGGGCCCCUGUGCAAGCAGCCCCAGCCAACAGCUCCAGCAGUGACAGCAGUGACUCUGACACAGACGUGGACCAGGUGGCUACGAACCACAAAGCAGAGAACAGCCAUCCUCCAGGGCAGGAAGCCACAGGAGCCUCCAGCACAGAGAAGGUGGCAAGAAAAAUGGAGCCAGAUCAUGCCAGCGUCAAGCGUUCUCCAGUCAAGAAAGCCCUGCCUGUAAAAGAGAAUGAUCUGGGGGCAAAAGGUGCACAAAUGACCCCAGCAUCGUCUACACCAUUCUCCAUCCCACAGUCAGCGGAGUCAAGCUUGGGGAUUGAAACCGAGAUCACUGGGGCCAAAGUUCCUUCAGUGCAAAACCCAGUGGAAGGGCUGGAAGGGAAGAAGAAGAAGAAAAAGGAGAAAAAAGAAAAGAAGGAAAAGAAGAAGCCUUCCUCCACAGCAGACAAGGCUGUGAAAGCAGCGAAGAGCAAAGACAAAGAGAACAAGAAACAGAAAACGUCUCACAAGCGGAAACAGCCAGAAGAGGAUGGGGCCAUGGGGCAGCCCAAGGAGAAGAAGCAAAAAGUGCAAGCAAAUGAAGAAGUACCCAAAAAGAAAAAGAAGAAAUUAGCUGGUGAGCUGGGGAAGCUGCCAGGCAGCAAGGAAAAGAAAAAAGGAGCUAAAAAAAAAAUGACUGGAAAAGAAAAGAAAAAGGGCAAAAAGGUGACAUCUGAAGGGGAUCCUAUAGCAGAUGGCUCUGCUGAGCUUCACAAGAAGAAGAAAAAGAAGAAGAAAACAGUUGAGCCUGAAGGACUGCAAGAAGGUACAUGGCCUGUGGGGACUGUCAGUACCUCUGAAUAGCAGCAGCCUUGGCCCAGGCUUGGGAAGACAAUGUGCCCUCUGAAUGCUCACUGAGCCAGCCUGGCCUUAGGUCAGAGGGUCAGAGAGCGCAGCGAUGCAAGGAAAGUCACACAGCAGCGUGCUGGCUUCUCAGGAUGUGUUUGACCUCACCUCUAGCUGCUGAGAACUGGAUUUCCAGCCUGGACCUUGCUGUCCUCUGUCUUCAGCAGAGAUAAGCAGCCUCUGGCACUGUCUGUCUACCCUGCUAAGCACAGGGAGCUUGGAGAAGUAAUGUGGAAUAGAUGGUUGUGCUGUAGGCACCUGGAAGUGGACCAGAUGACUCUGCCUUGCUCUGCUCAGCUGUAAGACUGUUCUUCUCCUCCCCAUCCCUAACUCUUUAACUCCUCUCCCCAAAAGUACCGCAUCCCUGUGAGUAAGGAUUUGUGGGUGAAGAUCACACAGCAGAGAGGAAAAGGAAGCUCAUCAGAAUUCCAGCCUUUUCUUUUUUUUAAUAAUAAUUUAUAACUUCUUUUAACUGUGACUGUUAGAGCAGAGCAGCACACCUUUCUGCCUCCUCCUGCCCUGCGGGGGCCCAGAGACUUGCUUAGUGCCCCUCACUCACGAUGGCUCACCUGUUGCACAAGAACUGAACCCAAGGAGGCAGUUUGAGCAGAGCAGAGCCAGCUUGCAUAAACUGCUUUCCUCCUCCUUGCCCCCACCACCUCUUCCUCAUCACAGAGCUAUAUUUUUAAGAGAAACUUUUCCCUUUUUCUGUUCUUUUCCUCUCUCUUCCUGUGAUUUGUGCUGUCCUUUUGCUACUAUGGAAGAGAGCUCUUGGGUUUACUUUUUAUUCCAACACUGAUGGUUAUUGUGUCCCUGGAGUUGCACUGGGCAGCUGUGUCCAGCCGUUGCUCUUGGCCAAGACGGUGUUGUUUUCUGUGGGUGGUUGGGUUUUUUAUGGAAUACAAAAAUAAAAGCA